CCCUCCCCCUCCUGAUGUGGCCAGGGAGCUCAUCUCUCUCCCGUGCUACCCUGGAAUUCGCCACCGGCAGCCGCAGCCAAUGUGCUAGGACUACUCAGGUGCUUCCUGGCACAAAGCUAGACUGCGACCUCCAACCGUAGCGCUUGGCGUCACCUGCUCUCCCGGCCCGGCCCCGGGGCCGAGGGAUUGCGUCCCGAAGCAGGCUUGGGAACCCGCUGCCUCUCAAAUGAACCACUAGUCUUGCUUUGAAAAAGCCAUUUUGUGUAACUCUUGACUGAAUAAUUUGCUCAUACACCUGUUGGGACAAUCACGGACAAAAGUAUGCCGUUUAAGAGGUCCUUUACUUGACCAAAUACUGGUGAUUAGACGAGAGGUUUUUGUUUUUGUUUUUUUUUCUUUUUCCUGAUCAUUAUGAACAUUGGGUUUUCACCCUUGAAGUAAAAAUGUUGAAAGCUGAGUCUUCAGGUGAACGAACCAAUCUCAGAAGUGCCUCUCCUCAUAGGAAUGCAUACAGGACUGAGUUCCAGGCACUGAAAAGUGCCUUUGACAAACCUAAGUCAGAUGGGGAACAAAAAUCAAAAGAAGGUGAGGGCUCCCAACAGACCAGGGGUAGGAAAUAUGGCUCCAAUGUCAACAGAAUUAAAAAUCUAUUUAUGCAGAUGGGUAUGGAACCCAAUGAGAAUGCUGCAGUCAUUGCCAAAACCAGGGGGAAAGGUAGACCUUCCUCUCCUCAGAGAAGAAUGAAGCCCAAAGAAUUUCUGGAGAAAACAGAUGGCUCAGUUGUUAAAUUGGAGUCCUCUGUUUCUGAACGAAUUAGUCGAUUUGACACAAUGUAUGAUGGCCCUUCAUAUUCUAAGUUCACAGAGACUCGAAAAAUGUUUGAGAGGAGUGUUCAUGAAUCAGGACAAAACAACCGCUAUUCCCCAAAGAAAGAGAAAGCUGGAGGGAGUGAACCACAGGACGAGUGGGGGGGUUCCAAGUCCAACAGAGGCAGUACUGAUUCCUUGGACAGCCUUAGCUCCCGAACCGAGGCUGUCUCCCCAACUGUGAGUCAACUGAGUGCAGUAUUUGAGAACACUGAGUCCCCCAGUGCCAUCAUUUCCGAGAAGGCUGAAAGCAGUGACUACUCAGUGACUGGCCAUUAUCCCCUGAAUUUACCAUCGGUUACUGUUACCAAUCUUGACACCUUUGGCCACCGUAAGGAUUCUAAUGCUUGGUCUCCUUCGAACAAACAAGGUGUUGAAACAGAUAAUGCUCAGAAGACUAAUACAACUUCAGUACUAGAAGUGGCUCCUAAAUGUACCUCUCUAGCUUCGUUGCCUAGGGAAGAGAUACAGCAGAGCAAGGAAGCCGAGGACUCUACAUCUAACCAAGAGACUCUGGACAGAACUGACAAAGACAUUCUUGAACCACCUUGUGCUGAAAAGAAGGCAAUGCCGAAGUCUGAAAUCCUUUCACCACAAAACGAACCUUCAGGAGAUGCCGAGGCUAAUUCGGUUGGGAGUGAGACAGCAAAGCAACAGAGGAAAGAAGAGCUUGCAGGUGGUGAUCUCACCUCUCCCAAUGCUUCUGUAUCCAGUUGUGCAAAAGAAGUAGCUGAAGAUUCAAAUAAUGUUGAGAGUUCCCAUGUGUACAUGCAUAGUGACUAUAAUGUGUAUAGGGUGAGAUCCAGGUAUAAUUCAGAUUGGGGAGAGACAGGCACUGAGCAGGAUGAGGAGGACAGUGACGAGAAUAGCUACUAUCAGCCUGAUAUGGAAUACUCGGAAAUCGUUGGAUUGCCAGAAGAAGAAGAAAUCCCAGCAAAUAGGAAAAUUAAGUUUAGUUGUGCUCCAAUUAAGGUUUUCAACACAUACUCCAAUGAAGACUAUGAUAGGAGAAAUGAAGAAGUUGACCCUGUGGCUGCAUCUGCUGAAUAUGAACUUGAGAAGCGUGUGGAAAAGCUGGAACUUUUCCCAGUUGAGCUUGAGAAAGAUGAGGAUGGUCUUGGUAUAAGCAUUAUUGGAAUGGGUGUUGGAGCAGAUGCUGGACUUGAGAAACUGGGAAUAUUUGUCAAGACAGUAACAGAAGGUGGUGCUGCCCAGCGGGAUGGCAGAAUACAAGUCAACGACCAGAUUGUGGAAGUGGAUGGAAUCAGUUUGGUGGGUGUUACACAGAAUUUUGCCGCAACAGUUCUCCGAAACACCAAAGGCAUUGUCAGAUUUGUCAUUGGACGGGAAAAACCAGGACAAGUGAGCGAGGUUGCCCAGUUGAUAAGCCAGACGCUGGAACAAGAGAGGCGCCAGAGAGAGCUGCUUGAGCAGCACUAUGCCCAAUAUGAUGCUGAUGAUGAUGAGGUAACCAUGGAGGAGUUCAGUGAACCCUUCAGACAGUCAGCCCUAGGCCAGCAAAUUCCAGGGAACACUGUGGCUGAAUUGCAAGGAGUGUCUGGCAACUGCAAUAAUAAUAACAACUAUUCCCUUAAGACAGGAGAAUAUGCAACGGAUGAAGAAGAAGAUGAGGUAGGGCCUGUUCUUCCUGGUGGUGACAUGGCUAUUGAAGUGUUUGAGCUGCCUGAGAAUGAGGACAUGUUUUCCCCAUCCGACCUGGACACAAGCAAGCUCAGUCACAAGUUCAAAGAGUUGCAAAUCAAACAUGCAGUUACAGAAGCAGAGAUUCAAAAAUUGAAGAGCAAGCUGCAAGCGGCAGAGAAUGAAAAAGUAAGGUGGGAACUUGAAAAAAACCAGCUCCAGCAGAACAUAGAAGAGAAUAAAGAAAGAAUGCUGAAGCUGGAAAGCUACUGGAUCGAGGCUCAAACAUUAUGCCACACAGUGAAUGAGCAUCUCAAAGAGACUCAAAGCCAGUAUCAGGCCUUAGAAAAGAAAUACAACAAGGCAAAGAAACUGAUCAAGGAUUUUCAACAAAAAGAACUUGACUUCCUCAAAAGACAGGAAGUAGAAAGGAAGAAACUAGAAGAUCUGGAAAAAGCUCACAUUGUGGAAGUUCAAGGCCUCCAAGUGAGGAUUAGAGAUUUGGAAGCUGAGGUAUUCAGACUACUUAAGCAAAAUGGGACUCAAGUGAACAAUAACAACAACAUCUUUGAGAGAAGAACAUCUCUGGGGGAAGUCUGUAAAGGAGACAGCAUGGAGAAUGUGGAGGUUGAGCAUACAUCUUGUCAGGAUGGCCUAAGUCAAGACUUGAAUGAAGCAGUACCAGAAACAGAGCGCCUGGAUUCAAAGGCAUUGAAAACUCGAGCCCAGCUCUCUGUGAAGAACAGGCGUCAGAGGCCCACUCGGACACGGCUAUAUGACAGUGUCAGUUCAACAGAUGGAGAGGACAGCCUAGAAAGGAAGCCGUCAAAGAGUCUUUAUAAUCACAUGCAUGUUACCAAACCACUUCUGCCCAAGGGUCUGAGAACUUCUUCUCCAGAAUCAGAUUCUGGGGUUCCAUCCCUCACCCCAGUGGCUAGUCGUGUUUCCUCGUCUGACCGCAUAGAUGAGUUGCAAGAAGGACCACUGUACCCAGAAAGGGGGUCUUCCCCCUUUGUCUGGGGAGACACUUCACUCUCCUCUGCUACAAAAUCUGAUCAAGAGAUGGAAGAAUCUCCUUGCCACUAUCAAGCUACUACCCAGAAAAUACAAGAAAAAGAUGAUGCUAAAAGCCCCAAAUCACUAAUGGCAUCCAAUUUGUUGGUGGUGCAAGGAGGAAAAAUUAAGCGGAAGUUUGUAGAUCUGGGGAUCUUCAGAAGCAGACUGGAAAGCCGGAAAGCCCAGCGACCCUCUGCGUCUCAGGCCUCCACUCGCUCCCCUUGCAUGCCUUUCUUGUGGUUUAAUGAAAGUCGGAAAGGAUCCUAUUCCUUCGGGAACCUGCCUUCACCUACCAAUCCCCUUCAGCCUUCUCCUGAGACUCUAAUUUCAGAUAAAACUGGGUCCAAGAAUUUUACCUUCAAUGAUGACUUCAGUCCCAGUAGUACCAGUUCGGCAGACCUGAGCGGCUUAGGGGUAGAACCCAAAACACCAGGGCUCUCUCAGUCCUUAGCACUGUCAUCAGAUGAGAUCCUUGAUGAUGGACAGUCUCCCAAACACAGUCAGUGUCCGAAUCGGGCCGUUCAUGAAUGGAGUGUGCAGCAGGUUUCUUACUGGUUAAUGAGCCUAAAUCUGGAGCAGUACGUAUCUGAAUUCAGUGCCCAAAACAUCACUGGAGAGCAGCUCCUGCAGUUGGAUGGAAAUAAACUUAAGGCUCUUGGAAUGACAUCAUCCCAGGACCGAGCAGUGGUCAAAAAAAAGCUGAAGGAAAUGAAGUUGUCUCUGGAGAAGGCACGGAAGGCCCAAGAGAAAAUGGAAAAACAAAGAGAAAAGUUGAGGAGGAAAGAACAGGAGCAAAUGCACAGGAAGUCCAAAAAGGCUGAAAAGAUGACAUCCACUGCCACAGAGGGCGCUGGUGAGCAGUGAGUCUCGCCCAUUCUGCUGAGUGCGGAUGCUCAAGAGAAGUCCCACCUUUUCCUGCCCCAUUCUCCUCCAGAGCAUGAAGAAGAAAUUGACCACAAGGGUAAUACUGCUGUAGGCAGAUUGAGGAACUGUGUGUUGAAUGACUUCAUUUUCUGCAAUAAUAGAAUGCACUCUUAAUUUUGAUCUCCUAAAAUAAUCCCAAAUUGCUUUUGAUUUAUUGACAAAUGAAAGAUCUCAUUUAUGAGAGAGGCAAAAUAGCUGUGAUUCUUUCUUCUACUUAAGAAUAUCUGGUGUGUUGGGUGUGUUGUGCCACUUGGAGGACCAGCAUGACCGCACCAGCACAACACACCCAGGUUUGUUAGUGAAUUUUCAGUGUGGACUCUGAAAUGGGUCAGUUGCAUCUAUCUGUGUGAAGAGUGCACUUGCCAUGAGCCAUAGGAGCCAUAUUCACUCCCAGGGCUUCUGAGGCUCAUCUAGUAUGUGGGAAAGGUUCCCCACAAUUGUGUGUGGACAGAAAGACAAGCCCACUGUGGAAACUUGAGGGCUCAGCCCAAUGAUUACCUACUGAGAUAAAAAAAAAAAAAAGUACAUUGUUCUACUAUCCAUCAGAAAAAGGGGAAAAAAGUCAUAGCUAUCUAUGAAUUACAAAAGAGAGCAAAUGCCUAAGAAUGUGGAUGUGGGUAUGCUUUGAGGUUCUGAGGGUACCAUUUCUCCUCCAGCUACUCCUGAAUGAAAAAGAAAACGUCAUAUCUUAAGACAGCUCUGGGGAUGCUAGGAUCUAUUGUUUACUUUGCAACACUGACAAACACAACAUGGUUCCUUACUUCCCUCAAAUCCACAAACUGAACAGAAAAAUGGAUUUUUAAGGAAGCCAGCAUUUUCAGGUUUCUUCUCCUGGGGAACAUUCUGGCUGGGCCUCAGCUUGCCUGUGAUACAAUCAGGAACUUGUCACACAUUUUCUCCUCUCGGUUCCCCAAGUAAGUUCAGUUAGGAUUUUAACAAAUGUAAUUUUAAGGAAAAAUAGAAAUACCAGUUAAGGAGAUUACAGAUUUAAGUGACAUUCAUCUGAACACACAGAAUGUUCCUGUAAUGGAGAGCUGUCACUCACAUUUUAGAGGUAUUUUGAAUGGUUUUUCUGAGACAUUCUUUCCUUAUACUAGAGGUUUUUGUUUUAGAGUUAAAGUUUGUUUGUUUAAGGCAGUACAUCAGAUUCACUACCAAUGGAAGAACAAAAGCUUAUUGUAAAUCUGGUAUUAAGGAUUUCAGUAUUUCAUCAAUUUAAAUUGAAUGCAGGAGACUGGGGCAGGAAGAGGAGAACAUUAACCCAUCUUGAGAAAUUUCUAAUGAUUAGGGUUUUUUUUCCCUUUAUCUUUCGUUUUGCUUUUUAUGCUCAUGUGUCUUUCUUUUUCUGCAUUAGCUCUAAAGAUGAGGUCAUCUACUUUCUAAUGGAUGGACAAGUGUCAAAGUAAGACUAGAGGCCAGAUGAAUUCUUGGACAAGUAUUUAACUUCCUUUAUAUUUUAUAGGGUCUUGGUUCUGUCCCCAACACUGCCCAUAUCUCCACUGCAAGUGUUCUGUUCGCAGAGCUUGGGGACCGCUCUUGAGUAUUACAGAUAACAGAAAUAAAAGGGGUCUCCUGCCCAUAUAGCCCUACCUUGUAUUUUUAACAUUGUGAUUUUAUUGUUCUUAUAGUAUAAUAUCCAAGUUCUGAAACUGUUGGAAAUUGAAAUUUACAAUCCUAUUCUUUCCCCACAAGGCCUGUUUCCCAUUUUGGAUCACAGAGUUGUCUGCUAAGCUCCAAUCCUUUUGUUACUAGGUUAGAAUCAUUCAUUCCAUUUUCAGAAAUGUUCAGGCAGGCUACUAUUGUACUUUGCAACAUUCAGCUCUCUAUUAUACUUUUCUGUUUUAUUUGGGUAUGAUCCUAAAACUGCCAUCCUGGGUACCUGUAUCUUGAGAUGUUGGUGCUUUGCUAUUUAUUACUAUCGUAAGAAAUCAGGAGCUACUGUUAAUGAAUUACAAAAUUCAACAAACUUUUCCUAAUGCUAGAAGACAAAUUCGGUAAAAAUCUGGUAAUAUUAGUGCUUGCUAUGUAAAUUUUUGCCAGUUUUGUUUUGCUUUGGAUUAAAAAAACUAACCUGAAUUACACUGGAAGUUUCACUGUUUGUUGUAUUCAUAUCAGAAGAGCAAAUGGAAGAAUGAUUAUUUUAAGUUAUGUUUACAUUUGGGUAAUAUUUGAAAAUGAAUGUAUAUAUUGAAAAUAUCCGUUAAGUGUCUGUCUCUACCAAUAAGUUAUGAUCUAUUGUAUUGCAUCUCCUUAAAUGUCUUAGUAUUGUUCUUUACUAUAACUAUAUUUGAACACUUGAAUAAUUAGAUCAUUGUCCAAAUGACAGUGUUGAAAAUCACAUUCUAAUUCCUAAAAUCAUUUAGUUUAUAACUGUUUUGAUUUUUUAAAAUUAAAUUAUAGUAAUUUUAGGCAUAAAUGAGUUAUAUUAACAUUACUACUUAAAAAUACUGAAAGGAUUCUUGAUUUGAUUUUCCAAUAGAAUAUAAGGUAUAAACUGACACAGGGUAUGAAAACAGAUGGACCUCAGAUCUUGUGAGCAUUUUGCUUUCCUGUUACUUCUUUUAUUGACUAUAGUGCAUGAUGACAAUUCCUAUUUUAAUGCUAGUAGUUUUCAGUGUUCAUACAAUUUAACAUGAAUUGUUUGUUUCAUGUUUCUUUAAAGAUUAGAGCUUUUUAUUAACAGAAAUUAAAUAAGAAAGGGUCUAUAUGGUUACUACGAACUAUAUUCUAGUAAAGGAUAGCUCAGUCUGAUUCCAACAAUAGCUAAUGGAGUUUGGGGGUAUAGGUAAUGCUUUGGAAGGAGAAAGUAUGUGGUAAGGUUAAGUUAUACACAGAACAUUAGAUGAGCAAUAAUUGGAUCUGGGUUUCAAUUAAAGAAUACUAUAACUGAUUGAGACCAUCUCCUUUAAAAGUCCCUCACAGUUAUUGUUUCUCUUUUCUUUCUUCUUUCCUUC